CGUACCGUUUGCCUUUCCUCCCUUUCCCAAUUUCCAUUCCAAAUUCCAAUCCGGAAAGCGCAAAAACUGAAGAAACCGCCAAAUCCCGGAAUCCACGUGUCCUCCUCCUCCCUCACCAUCCUAUGUGGUUUACCAUCGCAACUUCUCGCCCCGAAUACCCGACUGCUCAGCCACCUGUAGUCUUCUCUCUCCUCCCUUUCUCUCUCUAGAAACCCACAUUGCAAUAUUUCCAAUCCAUUGCGACACACAUUUGUCCAUCAUUUUGUUUCAUCUGAGCACACACACCCCGACAUUUGCGCAAAACUUAUCGACCCGGUUCGGCAGAAAAGUUUCGUCUCUUGGCUCCGGAAAGCUCGAAUUGUUCCCCAAUGCAAUGGCCCACUUCGCCAUUUGAGCCGGUUUCUGCAAAGUUCGCGUCUUUUGUUGAUUUGGGCAUCGUUUGGAUCUCGAAAUUUGACCCCUUCGGCUGCUGGGUGCUGAAGUUGUUUGGUGGUGUGCAGGAGAUGAACGCCGUUGAGGAGGAACAGACUGCCUUCGAGAUCGGGGUGGUGGUUCCGAAGCGUAAUGUGAAGGAGGAAGAUAGAGCUUUUGAUUGUGUGGAGGUUUUGGUGGAGGAGUUUAGGAAUUUGGGUUUGGUUGUUGAGAGAGUGCAUGGCGUUGUCGAUGAGUUCAUCAAGCUGGCAGCACCUUUGGAGACGCUGGGCCGGGCUGCAGCGGAAUUGCAGAUUAAAAAACGAACUGCUAUCGGGAUGGAUUUACAAUUUGAAUGGGAGGAGGUUGAUGCUUUUGUGAGACAGCCUGAUGGUUCAGUGUUCAGUUGGUGUGAGCGUUUUCGCUGCUAUAGGCACUUAAUAUAUGGAAUUAUUAACAAGAGCCGGUCAACUGUAACUUUAAGAUUUGAUGAUAAAGAGUUCCGUUGGGAAGUCGGGGAGUAUUUACUUCAGAAGUUGGAAUCAGAAAGGAUUGUCAAAGAAGUGUUUCCUUUGCAUGAUGAAAUAAUAAGGAAGAAGCUCCUUCACUCAUGGGCACUACACUGGUGGGACUUCACAAACCAGCCGAUAGAUGAGAUUUAUUCAUACUUUGGUACAAAGAUCGCCAUCUAUUUUGCUUUCCUUGGAAUGUAUACAAGGUGGUUGCUCUUUCCAGCUGCAUUUGGGCUUAUCAUGCACAUGUUUGAUUUUGGGUCAUUGCAGUUACUGGUGCUCCCUAUUUUCUUCAUAAGCAUAAUAUUGUGGGCUAUAAUGUUUUCACAGUUUUGGAAACGCAAAAAUAAUGCCCUUUUAGCCAGAUGGCAGAUUAGUUAUCCAGUUAGAGCUGACCUGGGAUAUAGACAGGGUGUGGAAUGGAGUUCCUCACCAUCUGUUGAGCUUGCAAAAAAGUGGGGGACAGACAAAACAAAAGAAAAAGAAAUGUUCCAAAGAAUUGAGUGGUUUGGACGACUCAUGAGAUUCCGAAAUGAUGCUAUCAUUUUCUUCAGUAUUAUAUGCCUUCAGUUACCAUUUGAAUUGGCAUAUGCUCAUAUUUAUGAGGUUAUUGAGUCUGAUAUUAUGAAGUUUGGGUUGACGACCGUUUAUCUUUUUUCAAUUCAGUUCUUUACACAGAUUGGAGGCAAGAUCUCCGUCAAGCUCAUUCAAUAUGAAAAUAAUGAAAACAAAGAAAAAAGAGCUGACAGCUUGGUCUAUAAGGUGUUUGGUCUUUAUUUCAUGCAGUCAUAUAUAGGAGUGUUCUAUCAUGCCCUUUUGCACCGCAACUUUUCUACUCUCCGCAAAGUCUUGAUUCAACGCCUCCUUGUGUCUCAGGUGUUGGAAAACUUGUUGGAAAACACGUUGCCAUAUUUAAAGUACAGUUAUAAGAAAUAUAGAGUUCAAAGCAAGAAAAAGUGUGAAAAAGGUUCAACGACAGGGAAGAUUCGGUUUGCUUCUAGGGUAGAGAAAGAGUACCUGAAGCCUUCAUAUUCCGCUAGCAUUGGCAUGGAACUUGAAGAUGGGCUGUUUGAUGACUUUCUUGAGGUGGCAUUGCAGUUUGGAAUGAUCAUGAUGUUUGCUUGUGCAUUCCCCCUUGCUUUUGCCUUUGCAAUUUUGAACAACAUCACUGAAAUUAGGGCGGAUGCAUUGAAGCUUCUUGCCAUGUUGCGCAGACCAACUCCUCGCUUUUCCACAACAAUUGGAGCUUGGCUUAACAUAUUUCAGUUUCUUGUAGUUAUGUCUAUAUGCACCAACUGCGCACUUCUAGUAUGGUUAUAUGAUGAAGAGGGCAAAUGGAAGAUAGAGCCUGGCCUGGCUGCAAUUCUGGUUAUGGAACAUGUUCUCUUGUUGAUCAAAUUUGGAUUCUCCCGCUUUGUUCCCGAGGAACCUGCUUGGGUAAAAGCCAACCGUGUGAAAAACGCGACAACAGCUGAGAACAUGUGUUCUAAACAGCUAUUGAGGAGCAUUUCUGGAGAGAGGAUGACGUUUGGUAAUGUCAAGAAGUCGCAAUGAGGUAGGAAGUUGAUGCUGAAGUGGCACCGAAAUUUGGGUUUUAGUUUUUGCUUGUUCUUAUGGUGGACUUAAAUUGUUGUGCAGGUAGAUGUAUAGUAUUGGAGAGUAUUUACUUUCCUUGAGAUUGUUUAAAUUCACAUUUAAUAUAAGAGAUAGCAGAAAUGUGAAGCAAUUUAGUUCUUAUUUUGCGAGUUAAAAAUCAAGUAUUUACAUUUAAUAUAGACUA